CCCGAAUAUAAUACUCCUCCUAAACCAGUAAACCCUAAUCGCUCCCACUCUUUCGUUCCCAUUCCGCGCCGUUCACUCUUCUCGCGAUCUGAAGCAACAGGGCUCUCUCUCAAGCUCUUACGAAUCAUGGGUAAAGUUCACGGGUCGCUGGCUCGUGCUGGUAAGGUGAGAGGCCAAACCCCAAAGGUGGCCAAGCAAGACAAGAAGAAGCAGCCUCGUGGACGCGCCCACAAGCGCAUGCAAUACAAUCGCCGCUUUGUAACCGCUGUGGUUGGCUUUGGCAAGAAGAGAGGACCCAACUCGUCUGAGAAGUAGAGGGCUUUGAAAGGAUGAAGAAGAACUUCUAGUAGGUUUAAGGAUGUUUUACUUGUAUUGAACUUUCCUGUCAUUUCAAGACCCUUAAUGCUGGUUGUUGGUUAAUAGAGAGAUUCAAGUACUUGGCAAUGCUGGAUUUUGUGUUUUGAAUCUGAUUUACUCGGACGUAAUGUCAUUUUGUUCUGGAUUUAUUGGUGUUCUGCGAUUGUGCUA